UCCACUAGGCGCACAAUUCCGCACAAGGUGUCAGUCCCGUAGACUUGUCCAUUUCGAUGUUGGACGCGUCCGGACGUGGGCAGUAGCACAUUACGCCUCAGUAGACACUGAGCACGGACCUGUCCUGGAAUACAAAACCGUAUCCAGGCAACAAAACCCUGACACAACCCCCACCCCACCCCACCCCCUCUUUCGAAUGGUCCUCAACCUCAAAAAAUGCCAAAGCAGUGCGGGGAAGCGGACUUGUCUUUUGGAACAAACCAGUUGUGCCUGAAGUAACCAGUAAGUGAAUCGGAGGCGAAACGGAGCAUAUGUUCUGAAGCAGCUGCUGCCUGCCGAACACACCCCUGGUUUGCGGUUUUUGGUUGGAGGCGAUGGAGAUCUUUUCGGGCUCUCUCCUCGUCGGGAUGUUUCUCCCGUCCGUCUCCAUGGCAGCCACAAUUUCGGCGGGUCGCUUCGCAGGACCGAAUGGGACCGUCCCAUCGAUCUGAGAGCUGCACGUUUCGGACACGCCCCAGAGAGCAACGGACUGCUGGAGCACCAGCAACGAUAAAAAUAAACAAAAAACAACCAAUAAUCUCUGGACAACAGCGCUGAUGCUCUGAGGAACUCACACUCUCUAACUAAAAUAUCCGAAACAAAACAGAAGCGAGAAAGAAGAUCUACUUUGAAAACCCUGAUAAUAACGGCUGCAGUUUUUCCAGUUUUUUCAUUUUGGUCGAAUUUUGGCAGAUUUUUGGUUGUUUUUUUUUGUUGUUAUUGUCAUGGACACCAUGUCCCCACCCCUCAUCACAGUAGACAACGUCAGCAACCCGCCGGAGCAGCAGGGGAUUGUGGGGGUUGCCCAUGACGACCACCUGGGCAGUCUGAAGGCCCUGACGGAGAAGCUUCGGCUGGAGACGCGCCGGCCGUCGUACCUGGCCUGGAAGGCGCACCUGGAGGCCCGGGGUUCGAGGGGCCCCCGGGCCGCGGAGACGCCGCUGGGGCCCGGCCAGCAGGAGGCGCUGUGUCCCCUGAGGCAGCCCGAACCCAACCCCCCCUCCGCCGACACCCGCCACCCCCCCACCGGACUCAAGGGGUUCGGGAACAUCGACGAGGCCCUCGUCUGGCUCAGGAAAGAACUGACGGAGAUGCGGCUGCAGGACCAGCAGCUGGCCCGGCAGCUGAUGCGUCUGCGCAGUGACAUCAUCAAGCUGAAGAUCGAGCAGACGUGCCACCUGCACCGCUCCAUGCUCAACGACGCCACCUACGGGCUGGAGGAGCGGGACGAGCUGUCCGACCUGCUGUGCGACUUCCCGCUGACGCCCGGCUUCGGCCUGUCCACCCCGCUGCGGCUCAUCGGCGUCACCAAGAUGAACAUCAACUCCCGCCGCUUCUCCCUCUGCUAGUGCCACGCCGCAGCGCUAACACAACGCUAACACAGCACUGCUACAACACACAAUGCUAACACAGUGCUACCACGACAGUACCACAAUGCCAACAGAACAGUACCAUAACGCUAACACAACGCUACUACAAUGCUAACACAGCACUGCUACAACACACAAUGCUAACACAAUGCUACCACGACAGUACCACAGUGCUAACACAACAGUACCAUAACGCUACCACAAUGCUAACACAACAGUACCACAACGCUAACACAACGCUACUACACUGCUAACACAAUGCUAACAAAACUAUAACGCUACCACUGCUCUACCACAACGCUGCUGCAAUGCUAACACAACACCACAGCGCCAACACAACACCACACUGCUACAGCACCAACACAACACUACAACACCACCACAAUGCUAACACCACAGUACUACAACACCGCAACACUACCAUAACACCAAACUAUCACACUACUUGCCUAUAACAUCACAACACUGCUACACCACCACAACAGUAUAAGUGACAGACUUGUUGACAAGUGCCCAAUUCCUGUGCAUGUUCCCUGGGAUCCCUGUGGGUGCCAGAAUCUUUCAUAACCCCCAACCCCCCCAACAGGUCAUGAUUCACCUGUGAGUAAAGCAACUGGACAAAUGGUUGCGUCCCAAUGUUAUGGACAGAGAUGAGAGAUUUCAGGUACACCCCAUCAGCAAGGCUGCGUUUUCAUGUCUUGGACUACAGUUCCCACCAUCCUUUGGGAACUCCAUCUCUGACACAGGAAGUAUAUGUACAAUGCUGGAGUGACACUGCCAACUGUUCAGCCAAAGUCAGGUACUGAAACCCUGGCAAAUUACUGCAUUAUGUUUUUAUGAGACAAUCUGUGCUACUGAGACAGUACUUGUUUAUAAAGGUUUUCCCUGUAACUAAGCAAUUUUGAGAGAAGCAUACACAGAGGUACAGCUCUAUGCUUUUUAUAGUACUACAUAUUAUAUUAAACUACAGAAAAUAUUGUCAAAUGAGUUUGUUGAUAUGUCAUAAUAAAUAGAAGUAGUCUCUUCA